GCAGCUGCAGGGAUGUAGUCCACGCCCCCUUCCCGCUCUGCUGACAGCCUCUGCGGAAAGUCGCCGAGAGCCACUACUGCGAGGACACGCUUCCGUCGGCCCUGGGUGAAUUAAGACGGCUCCUGGUGAGACAGCCCCGCUCCUCGGCAGCGCACACCCCCAGGACCUGAAUAUGCUCAGGUCAACGUGGAAUUUUCUGAAACGUCACAAAAAGAAAUGCAUCUUUCUGGGCACAGUCCUUGGAGGAGUAUAUAUCCUGGGGAAAUAUGGACAGAAGAAAAUUAGAGAAAUACAAGAAAGGGAGGCUGCAGAAUACAUUGCCCAGGCUCGACGACAGUAUCAUUUUGAAAGUAAUCAGAGGACUUGCAAUAUGACAGUGCUGUCCAUGCUUCCAACACUGAGAGAGGCCUUAAUGCAGCAGCUCAAUUCUGAGAGUCUAACAGCUUUGUUAAAAAAUAGGCCUUCAAACAAGCUAGAAAUAUGGGAGGACCUAAAGAUAAUAAGUUUCACAAGAAGUGUUGUAGCUGUGUACAGUACUUGUAUGCUGGUGGUUCUUCUGCGCGUCCAGCUAAACAUAAUUGGUGGCUAUAUUUAUCUGGAUAAUGCAACAGUUGGCAAAAAUGGCACUACAGUUCUUGCUCCCCCAGAUGUACAACAGCAAUAUUUAUCAAGUAUACAACACCUUCUUGGAGAUGGCCUGACAGAAUUGGUUACUGUCAUUAAACAAGCUGUGCAGAAGAUUUUAGGAAGUGUCUCUCUUAAACAUUCUUUGUCCCUUUUGGACUUGGAACAAAAACUAAAAGAAAUCAGAAUUCUUGUUGAGCAGCAUAAGUCUUCUUCGUGGAUUAAUAAAGAGGAAUCCAAGUCUUUGUUGUGCCAUUACAUGAUGCCAGAUGAAGAGACGCCAUUAGCAGCUCAGGCCUGCGGGCUUUCUCCCAGAGACAUUAUCACCAUUAAACUUCUCAAUGAGACAAGAGACAUGUUAGAAAGUCCAGAUUUUAGUACAGUUUUGAAUACCUGCUUAAACAGAGGUUUCAGUCGGCUGCUAGACAACAUGGCUGAGUUCUUUCGACCUACUGAACAGGACCUGCAGCAUGGUAAUGCCGUGAAUAGUCUUUCCAGUGUCAGCCUGCCUUUAGCUAAGAUAAUUCCAAUAGUAAAUGGACAGAUCCAUUCAGUGUGCAGUGAAACACCUAGUCAUUUUGUUCAGGAUCUGUUGAUGAUGGAGCAAGUGAAAGACUUUGCUGCUAACGUCUACGAAGCUUUUAGUACCCCUCAGCAACUGGAGAAAUGAUUGUUUUCCUUCAAGAAAACCUACAGUGGGAUUCAUCUGCAUAAAAAGUAUGCAUAAAAUCAUCUAUACCUAGAAUGACAAUUUGCUACCAAAAUGCCUAAUAAAAAUAUAUUCUUAAGCAAAGUCUUCAGUUCAUAAUGAAGUAGAUUUAUUUGGCAUCUUAAUUUUUUUAAUUCAUCAACAGAUCAUUUUUGACUGGCAUACCUAAACUAGUACACACAGUAUAAAUGUCAGAAUUGUUUAUAGUUUUUACAUCAUGGAUCUCUGGUCCAAACAGACUAUUAUAGAUACUUUAAAAAAAUAUGUGUAGUAUGAAUUGCAGUGUACCUUGACCAAUAAUGAGGGAGAGUCUCUUUGAGAAAUAGAUCUAGGAUGUGUAAGCUUUGAAAAUACAUCAUUUAACUAAUCAUGAGGUUUCCUAGACUUUGUCAUAAGCAAGAGCAAGUCAGACAUCUCACCAGCCACCCUUUGAAGGAACACAUCAUUGUCCCAUAAUGACAGAGCACUUUUCCUUUAGAAAUCAGUGACUUUUAGUACCUAUGAUUGGCUAUAUUUUUCUUUGCUAUCUUUUUCUUGGCUAUUUCUUUGCAGUAUUUUCUAAGUUUUGUUAACAAGCCGGAGAAAGUUGCUUAUUGGUCUGCAGUUGUGUUGGUGCUCACACCCAUUAAUAAUGAAAGAGUUUUAUUCAUUUGUAUGUAAAUAAUUUUAAUAACUUUGUAUUGAUUUUGAGUACAAUAUCUUGUUGCAAUAAACUAUUUUAAUA